CCCGACCUGCAGGGGUCAGGUGGACGAGCUCACCCACAUGGUGACCUUCAGCUUCAACAGCAGCAACAGCUGUGGGACGGUGGUCACGACCAACAACAGCCAAGUGAUCUACAAAAACACCAUCAUGACCCAGAACAGCUCCUCUGACAUCAUCACUCGUCACGACCAAGUCUACAUCGACUUCUCCUGCGUCCAAACUCAAGCGGACAUCAAGACUGAGACCUUCAGGAUCAGAGACAGCUCUGUGAUCCAGCACAUCACAUCUGGAGUUUGGGAUUACACUCUCACCAUGUGUGCAACCACUGAUGUUGGUCACACACAAGCUGCGCAGUCCAGCACUGAAGUGCAGCUGAUCCAGAAGAUCAGGGUGCAGCUGAAGACUGAUGGGCUGGAUGGCGACGUGGUCGUCGUGGUAACCGACUCCUGCUGGGCAACUGACCAGCCAUCACCCGACAGCACUCCGAGAUACGACCUGAUCAUAAAUGGCUGUGCCAACCCUGCUGACCAGACGGUGCAGGUGGAGGACAACGGACUGGGAACCUCCAACUACUUCUCCUUCAGUAUGUUCCAGUUUACUGGUAGCUCUGGUGAAGUUUUCCUGCACUGCGAACUGCACCUGUGCCCCAAACAGAACAACUGUGUCCCGACUUGUCCUGCAGGUGCUCGCAGACGCAGAUCUGCCAGGUCCAAAUAUGAAGGUGAAGCCUUCAUCAGCAUGGCCUGGACUCAUUAG